CAGUUUCCUGCUGGGACACAUCCCAUCAAUUCAGAAAGCCGCGGAAGGAUACAAGAUCAUUCAUGAAAAGUUCCUGGAGUGGGCUGAGACGUACGGACCAGUUUUCCGUGUGAACGCCUUACACAGAGUGAUGCUGUACGUCACACACCCCGACACUGUCAAGGAACUCCUGAUGUCACCAAAUUGUCCCAAAGAUCCAUUUACAUACAAACUGCUCUUUAAUUUGUUUGGUGAAAGGUUCCUGGGUAAUGGGCUGGUGACCGACACAGACCACACUCACUGGUACAUGCAGCGCAGAGUCAUGGAUCCUUCCUUCAGCCACAGGGAGGCAGCGCAAUUGCAGUUGAGGUACAGAUCAGCCAUGAUCUAAUAGAAUGGCAGAACAGGCUCAAGGGCUGAAUGGCCUCCUCCUGUUCCUAU